UGAUUACUCAAAUGUCUUCUUCUUUUGGGUAUGGUGUAUGACAUUGGAAUUCGUGUGGUGAGAGGACAGAACUGGUCAUGGGGGAACCAGGAUGGAGGGGAGGGACACUUAGGGACCGUGUUAGAAAUCGGACACGAGGGGAGUUCUGGGAAGGUGCCCCCAAAGUGUGCUCGGGUCAAAUGGGACAAAGGGUACACGAAUAUGUACAGAGUGGGGUAUGAGGGGCAGUACGACCUCAGGAUCUACGAUACAUCAGCCCUCGGAUUCAAACAUGACAGACAGUGUACGAACCCAGGCUGUGAAGAACCGGAAAUAUUCGGGAUGUUGUGGCAAUGUGACCAGUGCUCAGAUGUUGUGCUAUGUAGUAACUGUUACCAUAGUGACAAACAUGACAUCAUACACAAUUUCACGCGGUUUGACUACCCCAGUCACGAAGGAUGUUCUGUUCCUAAGAGACAAUUGAGCAGCAGACAGAAACUAUAUGGGAUUUUUGAGGAUGCUAAGGUGACUCGAAGAAUUGACCGGAGAUGGGAAAAUCAAGAUGGUGGAGAUGGAAAUAAGGGUAUGGUACGUGUUAAUGCCCAUCGCCUUGGUUACACAGGCUGUGUCGAUGUCAAGGAUGUUGAAGCUUUAAAUGAAAGGUUUUAUUACAAGGAUCAUCUUCCUAUCUUCAAAUUGACACAUCAGUCCCGACCGUCACCAAACCAGGAGGCUAGAGAGGAGGGAGCUUCAGAAGCCCCUUAUAAAGAGGAGGAGGGGAGGCUGAAAAAAGGGGACAAGGUCACGAUAGGGGUGGAUCUAGAUACCCUCCAGGUGAUUCUGAAAGAGUCCAAGAACUGGGACGAGAGAAUCAUAGAGUGUAUUGGAGUGAAUGGAUCAGUACUGCUUAUCAAUGGACAACAAAUCACGGUGGACUUUAGCGGCAAAGAGUGGACUCUUCCUGAAAUGGCUUUAGCCAAGAUAGAGCAGUAUGUGAAGGACCAAGUCGUGAAGGUAGAAAAUGAUGCAACAAGUGUACAGCAUCUUCAGAGUGGACAUGGACCUUGGCAGGAAAGCAUGAAAAAGUUCCUGGGGAAGAAGGGUCGAGUUGUGAGCGUGGAUUCAGACGGAGACGUGAUUGUCUGCUUUGGGACCCAGCAGAUUAAGUUCAACCCUGAGUGUCUGACGCCAUCUGGUGGUAGUCCUGAUGAAUUUAAAGAGGAGGAGGCAGCACAGCCAUCAGAGGACACUGAUGAGAAAGGUGAAGAUGUUCCACCACCUCAGGCUCAGAAGGAACGUGAAAUCCAUGACGUCUUGAUUUCUGUGACAGGAAGACAGUAUCUGGGAGAAAGUUCUACCACCACUCAACAAUGCACCUCAGAGCGUACACCACCGCGCACCCCAGAUCAUACACCCCAGAGCACUCUUCAGUGCACUCCACCUAGGUCUUGCUCUCCCUCCCCUGAGGAACGGAGAUCUCGAAGCUCUUCAGAUGAACGGUCAUGUGAAGAACCAGGUAUGGUAUUUGACAUUGGAAUUCGUGUGGUGAGAGGACAGAACUGGUGCUGGGGGGACCAGGAUGGAGGGGAGGGACACUUAGGGACCGUGGUAGAUAUCGGACUCGAGGGGAGUUCUGGGAAGGUGCCCCCAAUGUGUGCUGAGGUCCAGUGGGACAAGGGAUACAGGAACAUGUACAGAGUGGGGUACGAGGGGCAGUACGACCUCAGGAUAUUCGAUACAUCAGCCCUGGGAAUCAAGCAUGACAGACAGUGUACCAACCCGGACUGUGAAGAACCAGAAAUAUUCGGGAUGUUGUGGCAAUGUGACCAGUGCUCAGAUGUUGUGCUAUGUAGUAACUGUUACCAUAGUGACAAACAUGACAUCAUACACAAAUUCACGCGGUUUGACUACCCCAGUCACGAAGGAUGUUCUGUUCCUAAGAGAAAAUUGAGCAGUAGACAGAAACUGUAUGGGAUUUUCGAGGAUGCUAAGGUGACUCGAAGAAUUGACCGGAGAUGGGAAAAUCAAGAUGGUGAAGAUGGAAAUAAGGGUAUGGUACGUGUUAAUGCCCAUCGCCUUGGUUACACAGGCUGUGUCGAUGUCAAGGAUGUGGAAGCUUCAAAUGAAAGGUUUUAUUACAAGGAUCAUCUUCCUAUCUUCAAAUUGCCAGAUCAGCCCCGACCUGAACCAAACCAAGCUGUUAGAGAGGAGGAAGCUUCAAAGGCCCCUUAUGAGGAGGAGGGGAGGCUGAAAAAAGGGGACAAGGUCAAGAUAGGGGUGGAUCUAGAUACUCUCCAGGCGAUUCUAAAAGAGUCCAAGAACUGGGACGAGAGAAUUAUAGAGAAUUAUAAAAUCAUAGAGUGUAUUGGAGAGAAUGGAUCAGUGCUGUUUGUCGAUGGACACCAAAUCACUUUGGAUUUUAGCGGCAAAGAGUGGACUCUCCCUGAAAUGGCUUUAGCCAAGAUAGAGCAGUAUGUGAAGGACCAAGUCGUGAAGGUAGAAAAUGAUGCAACAAGAGUACACCAUCUUCAGAAUGAACAAAGGCCAUGGCAGGAAAGCAUGAAAAAGUUCCUGGGGAAGAAAGGUCGAGUUGUGAGCGUGGAUUCAGACGGAGACGUGAUUGUCUGCUUUGGGAUCCAGCAGGUUAAGUUCAACCCUGAGUGUCUGACGCCAUCUGGUGGUAGUCCUGAUGAAUUUAAAGAGGAGGAGGCACCACAGCCAUCAGAGGACACUGAAGAGAAAGGUGAAGAUGUUCCACCACCUCAGGAGGAACGUGAAGCCCGUGAUCUCCUGAUUUCUGUGACAGGAAGACAGUAUCUGGGAGAAAGUUCUACCACCACCCAACAAUGCACCCCAGAGCGUACACCACAGCGCACCCCAGAUCAUACACACCAAUGCAUCGAUCAGCGCACCCCACCUAGGUCUUGCUCUCCCUCCCCUGAUGAACGGAGAUCACGAAGCUCUUCAGAUGAACGGUCAUUUGAAGAACCAGACUCAAGCCGGAAAGACAAGUUUACAGAGGCUUUAAAGGAAGGAAAAACCAAAGAAAUCUUAGAAAUGCUACAGAGAACUCCAGCUUUCGCGAUGCAGAAGGCAGACCCUGGGCAGACAGACGGCUCCCUGGAGAAGGAGAAACUGAAGAUCGCGGCUUUGAGUAAUGAGGAGAAGUCGACGCUGGAGGUUGCUAUAUCACAGUCAAGGAGUGAGAGAAAGCAGAACCUCGUAGAGAAAAAUCAGAAUCCAACAGUACCUCCCAUUUCACCACCGAAAUGUCAAAUGUAUAAAGAAGAUGUUGUCAAGCUCAAGAUAAAACCAUGCGGAUGUCUGGUGUCUGAAAAAUGCAUCCCAAAGCAACUUCAAAAAUGUCCCAACUGCAAAGAGCUUGUGGCCAGCAUAGGCCAAAUAUGAAGCCCUGGAUCAAGUCAGAGAUUAAAAAAACUUCAUCACAGUUGUUUGUGCUAAACAAGAACCUAUUUGAUUUUACUUGUUGAGCAGUAGAUUUACCUCAUGUGACACUGAGGACCUGAAGAUAAAAAAAAUUGUUCUAAGCAUCACAAUUAAUCUCCUGAAAAUUAUAAAAUCUACUGUGAUAAAUAUUCUUUUCGUAUAAAUUUUCCCCUUAAAUUUCUGCACUCUGUCUGGUAAGAUUUAUAAAUUACAUUGUGAUAUACAUACAAUGCAUAUGCUCACGAAAGAAAAAAUAUUGUUUUUCGUUUAUGACAGAAAUAUAUCUAAAACAUAAAAUCUGAAAUUAUGCAAAUGUAAACGUGCCUUCGUAGGAGAAUUUUUCUGUUAAUUACUACAGAAAAACAGAUGAAAUCUUAAAAUUAUAUUGCCUUUUCAGCUCACCUGACGUAUUGCUUUUUGUUUUUGUCCGUCGUCGUGCGUCAUCCGUCGCGCGAAGUGUGAUAACAUUUAAACAUUUUUAACUUCUCCUCUGAAACUGCUCAACCAAUUAAAAGAGAACAAUAAGCAUGAAUUUCGUGAUCCCUGUCCCAUCUGGGGCUUGAGGGAUGAGGACAACAUUACUGAAAAUAUUGCAAUCUUUAAAAAUCUUCAUCUUUACCCCUAGACAACAAGCAGUCAAACAGUUGCCAUGACUGUAAUAAGAAUUGGACCCUCUAGCUAAAUUGUGAAAAUCAUGGACCCAUGCAGGGUCAGAGGUUCUGAUGCUAGUGUGGGACUCUGUUGAAUAUAUAGUGGAAAUGUAUUUUUUCUGAAAAAAAAACUCUUUUGCUGCUGGGUAUUAAACCAAUGAACCAUGUGCAUAGUCAUGAUAGGGAAGGAUGCCUCUUUCUAUAUGAUGAAUUUCAUGGCCCCUGGGUCAGGGGUACUGUUGUGGUGGUG